UCUUGGCUCCAGCGGGCCGAUCUCCGGAGCUGGGGGGGGUGUGUGAGCUUCUUGGCCAUGGCCAAGUUGAGGACACAAUGGGCAGCCUGGAGGUGACGCUCCAGGGAGCUGGCUGUGCGGUAAGGCCAGAUGAGGAGCAUCCAACGACUUCGGCUGCCGGUAUGUGCGCUGGCCGUGCUGCCGUUGCAGAGGUCCUGGAGUGAAUGCCAAAAGAGGAGGUCUCAACCGGCGUACACCCGUCGGGAUCCUCGAACUGGCUUUGAAAUGCGCCUGGGCGAUCCCGAAGGCAUGAAUCAUGGUCCUUUGCGGGUCUUCACCGGAAACGCACAUCCCAAGCUUGCAAAUUCGAUCGCGCAGAAGAUCGGUAUUGACUUGGGCAACGCCACUGUGGGACGCUUUCCUUGCGGAGAGGUCAACGUGGUGCUCAAUGAGUCAGUACGAGACUGUGACGUGUUUGUGAUUCAGCCCACAUGCAAUGGUGGUGCUGGCCCCCAAGAGCACUUGGUCGAAUUGCUCAUAAUGCUUGAUGCAAUUCGCCGGGGUGCUGCCAACCGUGUGACGGCGAUCAUUCCUCUUUACGGCUAUGCCCGUCAGAAUGCCAAGGAGAAGAGCCGCUCGCCCAUCUCUGCACGUUUGGUCACUGACAUCUUGCAGGUGGCAGGUGCUCACCGAGUGGUCACUGUGGAGUUGCAUGCCAGUCAGAUCCAGGGCUUUGCCACCUUCCCCAUUGACAACAUGUAUGCUUUGCCCCUGUUGGCCAAGGAGGUCGAGAAACUCAUGCGGCAGCGAGGACUGACUGCAGAAGAUAUUGUGGUCGUCAGCCCCGAUGUGGGCGGCACCAAAAGGGCCUCGGGCAUGGCCAAAAUGCUGUGUAGCCCUUUGGCGAUCUUCUCGCGCCAGCGAAGAAGGGCGACGGAGAAAUCUGAGGUGGACCUUGUUGGAGAAGUACAAGGCAAGACCUGCGUUGUGGUGGACGACAUUGCUGAUACUGCAGAGACCCUUUGCCAAGCGGCGGAUAAGCUGAAGGCACGUGGCGCCUCGGCAGUGCUGGGCGUCGUGGUGCACGGCAUCCUCUCGGACCCUGCGUGCGAAAGCAUCAUGAAAUCGCAGCUUGAGACUGUUUUCGUG